ACAGAAUUUCCUAGACAGGCUAAACCAAGCUCAGAAAUUUUUCCAUGAUGAAGUUCCUUCUGACAUUUGUCCUCUUGGCUUUGGCAUCAUGCCAUGCCUUUGCCUCCGACCCGAGUCCUCUUCAGGACUUCUGUGUGGCUGUCAACGACCCCAACUCUGCGGUGUUUGUGAAUGGGAAGUUCUGCAAGGACCCAAAGCUCGUCAUCGCAGAUGAUUUCUCCUUCACAAAGUUCAGAUACCCCGGGAGCACAUCGAAUCCGCUUGCAUCCAAAGUCACGACUGCUUUCGUCGACCAAUUCCCAGGACUCAACACACUGGGCAUCGCCACGGCUCGCCUUGAUUUUGCUCCCUACGGUCUGAACCCUCCCCACAUUCAUCCUCGUGGCACGGAGAUGCUAUUGGUCGUGGAGGGUACACUCCACGUCGGUUUCGUUACAUCCAACCAAUUAAACAACACCCUCUUUACCAAAGUCCUGACCAAAGGAGAUGUUUUCGUGUUUCCGCAAGGCCUCAUUCACUUCCAGCUGAAUAUUGGACAAACAAAUGCACUGGCUUUUGCUUUCUUGAGCAGCCAGAACCCGGGACUCAUAACAAUCGCGAAUACAGUCUUUGGAUCCAAGCCAAUCAAUGUCGAUGUCCUCACAAAGGCUUUCCAAGUGGACAACAAACUGAUCAACUAUCUCCAGGCACAGAACUGGUUUGAAAACCAUUAGGAAGAUGUUGUCAGGAACUAUUGUUUUUGUUCAUUACAUUACGAAGAAUAAUUCUUCAGAAUAUCAUACUGAAUUCUGGAUACUAAUACAAUUGCUUGUUAUUUGAUAUUUGA